AUGAAGGUCACACUCCUCGCCCUCCUCGCCGCCGCGUGCACCACCAUGGCCGCGCCCGUGGCCGAGGCCAAGGCCGAGGCGAAGCCGGGAUACGCAGACUACGGCAAGUAUGAGGGGGCCGGCGCCGCUCCCGGAGGCGGAUAUGCCGACUACGGAGACUACAAGGGCGCCGGCGAGAACGCCGCUCCCCCGGGUGCCGGCUCCGAUGCCCCCCCUCCCAAGGACGGCUACGCGAGCUACGGCGACUACGACGGCGCCGGCGAGAGCCCCGCGGCCGGCGCUCCCCCGACCAAGGACGGUUAUACGACCUACGGCGACUACCCCCCUCCCAAGGACGGCUACAGCAGUUACGGAUCGUACAAGAAGCAGUAA